AUGCAGUUCUCCAAGGUCAUCGCUGCCUCCUUCUCCCUCCUCGGUGCCGCUGUCGCACUACCAUCCCCCCAGGCCCCUUCUCCUAACGCGCAACCUGCGGUUAAGCACGCCCUCGGCCAGUUCAACCAAGCAGUUACUAUGUUUGAGAAGGCAACAGCAGCUGCGAGCUGCAACUGGAUUACAUGUCUGGAAUCUCUUGCCGCCUCCAGCGCUGCUUGUGCUGCCGCUCUUGGAGAAUUGGGACUGGGUAUGUCGUUUCCAAUGCAGAGGACCAUCACAUCCCCCUUGACCUCGCCUGUAUUGCUUCUGCUGCCUCAACCAGCGCCCAGGGCUGCGAGGGAUGCUUCUAAAUCAGCCCGAGGCCCGCCAGGAUAUCUUACACAGCUCCCCCACCGCUUCGCGGGGCAUGUUAACCAGUCGGCUUGCGAGAAGGAGGGAAGCAUGCGGGCAGACGGGGCACAUGGGCGCACACGGGCACACGGGGCAGACGGGGCAGACGGGGCAGACGGGGCAGACGGGGCAGACGGGGCACAACGGGCACAACGGGCACACACAGAUUCUUCGAAACGCAGGUUAGACCCCACGUUGUGA